AUGUUCUUUGAUGGAGCUGUAACUGCAAAAGGUGUUAGGAUUGGGGAAAUUUUGAUUUCUCCCACUGGUCAGCACUAUCCGGCCACAGACCGAAUUCGGUUCUUUUGUACAAACAACACCGCUGAAUAUGGAGCCGGCAUUAUGGGUGAAUGGGAAACUCAGGACAUCAAGCUUAUCCCAUACAGGAAACAUGUGAAAGAUCUUAGCAAACGAUUCAACUCUGUUGAAUUCAGGUACAUCCCUCGAUUCCACAAUGAGUUAGCUGAUGCACUAGCUACCUUGGCUGCAGUGUUGCCGUAUCCAGGCAAUGCCCAUAUUGACCCGUUGGAGAUCCAAAUUCGAGAAAGGUAUGGUUAUUGCAAUACUGUUGAAAUAGAACCAGAUGUUCAGCCACGGUAUCAUGAUAUUAAAAGAUUCUUGAAAACAAAAGAAUACCUCGAGCAGGCUAAUAGAGACCAAAAGAGAGCCAUUAGAAGGCUUGCUAGCGGUUUCUUCUUAAGCGGAGAAGUUUUGUACAAAAGAACUCCAGGUCUAAAUCUUUUGAGGUGUGUAGAUGCCAAAGAAGCUAAAAAGAUCAUGAACGAAGUUCAUUCAAGAUUUUGUCCGAAAACGCCAUCAGUGUCAGAUACACGGUGA